GUCUCAGUUUAAUUCUGUGCAUACUAAAAUUUUCUUUGAUUUUUCAAUUCGAGAGAAAUUUUUAACUUUAAUUGCUUAAAACAAUAGUUUAAUAAAAAUUAAAAGUAAUAGAAAUAUUGAGAUGUCAUCAAAAUUUAAUCGUCCAUCGACAUCGUCUAUGGACGAACAUUUUUCAAGUCUAGAAGAUUCAGAAAUAUUUUUAAGAAAAAGAUAUCGUGAUCAUUCUCCUGACGAUUCACUCGAAGCAGGAGAACUCUCCGACGCACUUUCAGAUGACGAAGAUGUUCCUGGAUGUCCAUUACCAUCAACACCUGAAGAUAAUGAACUGCUUGAAGCAGAGAUGACUGAGGUUUUAAAAGCUGGAGUGUUAUCAGAUGAAAUAGAUUUAGGCGCCUUAGCACACAACGCAGCAGAACAAGCUGAAGUUUUCGUAAGAAAAGUGUGGGAGGCAAGCUGGAAAGUUGUUCAUUUCAAGCAUCUACCAAAAUGGCUUCAAGACAAUGAUUAUCUACACAAAGGACAUCGUCCUCCCCUACAAUCAUUUGGUGCAUGUUUCAAAUCAAUUUUUAGACUUCAUACAGAGACAGGAAAUAUUUGGACUCAUCUACUCGGAUGUAUCAUGUUUAUCGGUGCUGCAAUAUAUUUCCUCAUUCGUCCAUCAUGGGAAGUUAAUUGGGAAGAGAAAAUGAUUUUUAGCGCCUUCUUCCUUGGUGCAAUUCUUUGUUUGGGAUUCUCAUUUGCUUUUCACACAGUCUCAUGUCAUUCCGAAGUGAUUGGAAAACUAUUCAGCAAACUUGAUUAUUGUGGGAUUGCUAUGUUAAUUAUGGGAUCAUUUGUGCCGUGGUUAUAUUACGGAUUCUACUGUCAUUACCGACAUAAAAUCAUCUAUUUAAGUGUGGUGACUGUUCUUGGGUUUUUUUCCAUUGUGACAUCACUUUGGGAUAAGUUUUCAACGCCGCAAUUGCGACCAGUUCGUGCUGGAGUCUUCAUGGCGUUUGGACUUUCAGGAGUAAUUCCAGCUUUUCAUUAUGUUUACAUGGAAGGAUGGUUCAAUGAUAUAAGCAGAGCUUCUCUGGGGUGGUUAGUAUUAAUGGGAUUACUCUACAUUCUUGGUGCAAUGUUCUAUGCAUUGCGAAUUCCCGAACGUUGGUUUCCUGGCAAAUUUGAUCUUUGGGGACAAUCUCAUCAAAUAUUUCAUAUUUUGGUCAUAGUAGCUGCUCUUGUACAUUUUCAUGGAAUCAGUGAGAUGGCAAUGAAUCGUGUUUCUCUCGGCGAGUGUGAUGUGCGCCACGCUUCCAUUGUUUUGUAAUCAAUGCGAAAUAUUUCUGGCUUAUGUUGAAAUCAUAGAUGAAAGAGUUGUAUUAAUUGAAGAAUGAUUUUGUUUUUGCUGAGAAACUUACAAGUUCAAUUUAGUUUUGAAUUCUCAAGCGCUUUUUGUUGAAUUACAUGCUUUGUGCUUUUUACGUGCUAAUUAAAAAUUCUUCAAUCAUUGAAAAUCAUUUUCUUUAUGAAAUUAACAGAUUUUCCGUUGAUCUCCAAAGAAUUUCAAUUAUAUCCUCCCACACUAUUAAAAUUAAAGUUUGUUGAUCAUCACAAACUAUAAUUAUCUAAAAGGCUUUAAGACAGAAAUUGUAGAUUCUUAUAUUUUUCUUAUUAAUAUUUUAAGUAGGAAUUUAUUAGGUUUUUAUAAUUUAUUGAGAAUAUAAAAUUUAAUCCUAAUUCAAUAAACAACAGAAUGAUUCGAGACGAAUAAAAUUAAAUAUCUGAAAUCAUAAAAGAUCAAAAAUCAUUUUUAUAAUUCUUGUUAAAAAUAAUUGUAAAAAAUAUUCGAAAUUUUUAAUCUUCAUUUGGCUGUAGAUAUUUUCUUAAUAUUUUUGUUGAAAUUCUAUAUUCGUAUCUAUACUGAAAUAAAAAAAAUGUAAUUAAAAUGUCGACUUAAGGAAAGAAGAGAAAUAAAAGAAAAAAAUCUCAACUGACUACAUU